AUGAGGGCGCGUCUCCAUAGCAAGGCGCCCUUUGCCCCGGGUGACGCCACGGCCCGCAUCACGUGGCGAGGGCGCGGGCGAGAUCUUAAAGGGCCCGCGGGGGAGAUGCUGGCGGCCGCGGUGCCGCGGGCCCUGUGCCGUCUGGCCGCCCGGCGCUGCCCCGCGGGGCUUCCGCCGCCACGGACCGCCUGGCGCGGCGGGGCCCGCGGGGAGGAGGGCGGCGGCAGCAGCAGGACGGGGUUCGCGCGGCGGUGGGCCCGGCCGGGCGGGGGUGCCCUGGGCUUCCUGGGAGCCGUCUCCCUCUUCCCCAGGGACGCCGAGGAGGACGGCGAGGACGCCAUUAUCCUCCUGCUGAAGAGAGCCAAGCUCAGCGUCAUGAAGGGUGAGCUGGCGGAGGCCGAGCGGGUUCUGCACGAAGCCCUGGGGCUGGCGCACCAGUCGGACAACAGGAAAGCCAUCAUCUACACCUACAGCAUGAUGGCAAACGUGGCCUUCAUGCGGGGACAGCUGGACAAUGCAGAAAAGCUCUACAAAGCAAGUAUGAGCUAUUUGCUUGCAGGGGACACAAAGGAGGAUGACAAUGCAAUCCUUGAGAUGUCCCUCAAGCUGGCCAGUAUCUAUGCUGCUCAGAAACAGCACAAGUUAGCCCUGGCUGGCUACGAGUUCUGCAUCCUGACCUUAGAGGAGAAGAUUGCCAAGCAAAAGGACUUGCCUGAGGAUGUCUUACCAGCUGAAGAAAAGGCCAACACCCGUCUCUUGCUUGGGAUGAGCCUAGACUCCUAUGCUCGCUAUCUCCUAAACAUUAACCAGCUCCCAGUGGCCCAAAAAAUGUAUGAGAAGGCUCUGCAGAUAUCGAAUGAUGUUCAGGGAGAGACUCAUCCACAGACUGUGGUCCUGAUGAAUGACUUGGCAACUGUACUGGAUGCUCAGGGGCAUUAUGAUGAGGCCUACUCCUAUGUGAAGAGGGCAGCUGAGCUGGCAAAGGAGACUCAGCACCCUGAGGAGCACAUGGUGCUGAAUAACCUGGCAGCAAUUCUGAUGCACAAAGAAGACUUUCUACAAGCAAAACAGGUAUACAAAGAAGCUCUCAAGCAGGCACAACAGAAGGGAGAUGCUGCUUCUGUCCAGCAUAUCCAAGAAGAACUAGCUGAGCUGGCCAAGAGGAGAAAGGGCUCCAAAUAAGUUUAGCCACUGAGUCCAACCUAGAGGUGGCUGACAGCAGCAAGGGUUGGUCACUACAAGCACCCUGGGACCAGUUUGGUGCAAUUUUCCAGGGGAAUAGCAAUGAGGAGUUUAAGGACUGCUUACCAAGACGGGCUGCCUAACAACUUAGCCCAAAAUAAAGUGUGAAAUCUUAACUAUGUAAA